UCAAUCCUCCAGCGUUUCGACCCAAAACCCAAUAAAUUUAAAUAUUAUGGUUUGUUUACAGAACUCGGAAUGCGAACGUUUACAAGAGAAAGAAGUUAUCCAUUUUGAGACUCCUGAAUUAAUUAAUUUUCACACGGCAGUUUUUGUUUGGAAUGGAGGCUGCCGAUGUACAAGCUCAUCUCCAAGCCUUGAGAAAAUUAUAUUGUCUUCUCCAAAGUUCUGCAAGUACAACUAGUAAUGAAAUUUUGGAUGAGAGAGCCAAGCUUUUAUUGAAGAAUCUUCUGGAUGGUGCUGCAGACAAGGCUUUAGAGAGUAGUUCAAAGAUCAUAGCGGCAGCAGAAUCGGAUUUCUCUAAAGCCGAAAAAUCCAGCGUUACCCCAAGGAUCAAAAGCUUCAAAACUGACCCAAGAAACGAUGAGCCAUCACUCAGUAAGCCUACUCCAGAAACGCCGGUUUCAGAGUCAUCUGGACUCGACAAGGUUUCAAACAGAAACAAAGCAAGUACAAUGAAGCAGAAAUUCUCUGUCAAGAAACCAGACAAAGUUGCUGCACAUGGGAACAAACGAAACUAUCGAUACGUGAGAAAGCAUACUAAUGAAUCCGUGAAAGGCAAUCAAACGCCAAGUGAUAAAAUGAUCAAAGAAACUCAAAUGAAUCCAAAUGAUGGUAAACCUAUUUUGGAAUUGGAGAAGAAUUUAGGAAAUGCUUCAAUGGAGGUAUCGAAUGCAAUCAGACGGAAUCAGUGUGCCAUUUCGUCCGAUAAAUCAUUUCCUCAUGUUAAUGUUGAGAUUGUCAGUAAUGGUCAGUCCAAGAAGGAUAAUUGGAGCGAUCAUCAUAUUAAAGCUAAUUACCAGCAGGUGAAUCAGAGAAAUUUGAACAAUGUGAAUUCUACUUCUACUCAGCAGUUGGAAUGUCAGGGGAUUUUGAACAAUGUGAAUUCUACUUGUACAAAGCGGUUGAAUCAGAGGAGUCCAAACAAUGUGAAUUCUGCUUCUACUCAGCAGUUGAGUCAGAGGACUUUGAACAAUGUAAAUUCCAGUCGGCAACUGAGUCAGAUUGUUAGGAAGAAUGUUGGAAGAAAAGUGUUACUAAGUCCAUCAACUAGCCGAAAUGAUCAUCUGGCUGAAGAACCUUUGAAAUUGCAGAAGCGAAAAGAGGAUCAAAGAAGUUCAGUUAAGUCUAUUUCAUCUAUGAUGAGGCCAACUUUGUUGGGGGCAGACGGUGAUCAGAAUAUAAACCACAUGGAUGAGAGCUCAUCGCCUGAUGGUUCAGAAUCAGUGGAUACUGCUACUUCAUAUAGUGGUUCAAGCCAGAAAAGUUGGUCAAGUACUAGUAAUGACAGUGACAAUAAGGCCGGACAUUCAUUGCUGCACCACCGCUUUGCGAAUAUAGGGAACAAAAGUAGCUCCGAUUCAGAGGAAAGGAGCUCUACAUCUCCAAAGAGAAAGUACAGAUUAGAGCAUCAGGUGAAUCCAGGAGCUGCAAUGGGACGUCUGAGGAGGUUAAAAAACAAGUUGAGAUUCAUCUUCCAUCAUCACCAUCACCAUCACCACCACCAUCACCAUCACAAAUAUAAAGAUUGUGACAGUGAUGAAAGUGGGCAUUCUAAGGCUCAUCACAUUAAGCCCGAGGGGAAACCUUUACCCAAUAUUUUUCGCCACGAAAACAGAAAAGAGGUUCAUGGAAGAAAGCCUGGGGCGAUUGUUGUGUCAACCAAGGAUCAACCUAGUUAUUUUCAGACAUUAAUGCAAGGGUUAAGAAGACAUGUUAGGGAUUCCAAGAAAUCAAAGGGAGGCAGGGGAGGGAAUAGUGUAAACAAGUCACAUUGGUGGCACAAGUUUAAGCGCAAUGGGGGAGUAAAACUGGGGAAAAAGGGACGUAUAAAGUUUAGGCUUAAGAUCCCAAAAGAUUAAGAUAAUUUAUGUUUUUUUUUUUCUCAAACAUUUAUUUAUAUGUUUUCAAAAUUAAUUGGAAGACUGAAUAGAAGUUUGUUUUUAUUAUAAUCCAGAAUUUGAAGAAUGACUCCUUAGUAGA